GUUACUCCUUUGCAGCAGGGAGUAAAAUUAAAAGAAGGAGACGUGUGUGUCACCAUCAUGAUGCUUUAGGAUGAAUUCUUUUUCCUAUUCAUUACAAGAGGCACCAUCUACAAUUACUCAAUCGUUGCCAGACGAAUUCGAGCGGAUCAUCAUGGAGCUCAAGGGCUACUCUAUGGAUGUCUUUGGGAGAAAAUAUGAGAAUAGAGCCAACACGUUCACUACAGUCCGCGUUGAAACCAAAAAGGUCUGCUGCCGAGCUCAAGACUUGUUGAUGAAGUUCAAAGAGCCCAUUGAUGCAAUGCAGGAAAAGAUUGUCAAUGCAACUCACAAUCUUGCAAUCAAUAAAGAAGAAGGAAAGUCGUUGGAGAAGCGCAAUUUGGCAGUCGAAGAAGACGUGCAGCGAAAGCAAGAAGUAGUCGAUGAUUUAAAGGAAAGAGAAAGCCUAACUAAAGCGAUCAUCGUAGACAAUAAUGAGAGCAUGGAACUCAUAAAGUCUGGAUCCAAUGUAAUCCGAAGGAUUGAGAAACGAUGUCCGUGUCCUAAUCCCGGCUGAUUUUUCCACUUAAUAUCCAAUCUGAUUGCAAGUGCUUAUUCGGCUUAUUUGUCGUCCACUGCCUAAUCUAUUUCUUUCGAGUAUCCACCAUAUUGCUACUGUGUAUCCUUAGAUCUCUGUGAAUGCCUAGUAUUAUCUUGUUCUGAUAAAGAUACAUGAGAGA